AUGAAUACUACUACUACUACUACUACUACUACUACUACUACUACUACUACUACCACUCACACUGCUACUACUCACACUUCUACUACUACUCACACUACUACUACUACUACUACUACUACUACUACUACUACUACUACCACUCACACUGCUACUACUCACACUUCUACUACUACUCACACUACUACUACUACUACUACUACUACUACUACUACUACUACUACUACUACCACUCACACUGCUACUACUCACACUUCUACUACUACUCACACUACUACUACUACUACUACUACUACUACUACUAUAAUUACUACUACUGUCAUUACUACUAGUUCUAAUAAUAAUAAUAAUGAACCAAAAUUUAAAACUUUUACACCUUUAGGCAUUUACCAGAAGAAAAGAGGUAAUUAG